AUGGCGUCCAAAACUUAUUACAUUUUGCGCAUCCAUGCCUAUGACCGAAGCGAAGGCAAAUCAACCCAGCAACGCCUUCUCCAGGUGGAGACAAAUGCUCUUAAUUUAAACGAAACUGGAACAUUGAAAGAGCUGAGGAAUCUUUUGAGAGAAAAGAAAGUCUUCGAUUCUGUAGGCAUCGCGAGUCCAUUCUGCGAUGAGAACGGGUCUGAAAUGGACGACGAUACCCUGACCAAGACCUACCUCAGCCUUGUUGGAAAUGAACUAGUGACGAAGAUGGAUUCGUCCAAAGUCUCCCCAGACCCUCAAUGGAAUGUGUACUACAAGAAGAAAAUGACCGCAGCGGAUGCUGCAACAAAGGAAUUCCUUGACAAGCCACUGGAUCUGAAUCUUAAAGAGGGUCAACUAUUGUCGAAGGCGGACAUUGCACGGAUCAAAUCUGCGUUUGAUGCAAAAUCUUGGACGGCGGCGGAUAAGAAAAGUACAACGCUAAGUCACGCUGCGACCCUCACCGAAAAUGAUUGGAGUAUCAUUACCCGUACAAACUGUCUUCUCAGUGGUCAUAAGGUUGUAGAGUUUGAGAAAACUAUAGGAGGUCCCGUGCCGGCGCCUGCUGAAAAGCCCAACAAGCAAUCGAGUCCAAGCAAGAUUCACGGCAGAAAAGUCAAAGACGUGAAAGUUGAGCGCACCCCCUACAACGCUUUCGCGCUGAAGAAAAGAGAAUUUGAGACAUAUGAGAUAUUAUCAAGUUAUAGUGCACAGUCUAUUGUCUCAAUCCCAUCGACAGACAAUAAAGGGGGAAAACCUAAGUACAUGAUCCCUCGAUUCCGGGUCGAUGACGACUCAUAUGUGAGCGUUUAUGAGACGCAAAACACCCUAGAGAAAUCACUUGCCAGCGGCUCAUUUUCCGAGCACUCAGUGGAAGCAUCUGGCGGUGCUAGUUUCUGGGGUGUAUCCGCUGCAGUCAAGGCCGGGGCCGCUUGGAAUAAUCAAGAUGAUAGCCUCCAUGCAACAUCCUCUGACAGCAAAAACAUGAAUGUCAGCUACAAGUUUCCACGUAUCACUGUGUACCUUGACAAAGAUUCUCUUGAGAUCACUCCAGAAUGCAUGAAAGAUAUCCAAAAGGUCGACACCAAACAGAAGCUGAUAGAUUUCAGCAACAAAUACGGUGAUAUCUUCGCCCAACGGGUCCAACUUGGUGGUUCUCUCUUCGCCAGUGAGAGCAGCACUGCUACAAGUACUCAGGACAAGGAAAAGCACGCCAAAGCAAUGAAAAUCUCUGCAGCUGCCUCUAUCUCGUCAUCAUUUGCUCAGGGUUCCUUCAGCACAAGCCAUGGCGGAGGCUCCAACUCUGACCGUACCACAACAUCCCAGGACCUCACGAGUGCGAUGGCCUGGGAAGCGACCGGGGGCGAUACAUUGUACUGUAAUAACCCUGCACAGUGGUGUGGAACCGUGGGUGACUUCUACAACUGGAGGGUGAUUGAUCAAUGUGACGUGCUCCCACUGUCCAAGGUUCUUGACCUAUGCGAAGGCGGCGCAAAAACUACUGAACGGUUCGAGAAGGCUGCCCGCACAGCAUAA